AUGGCUCGAAGCGGAGCAUCGGCAAGCUUGAUAGACGAGAAGAAGAUUUACGUGUUUGGAGGGUGCUGGGAUGUCGCUGAUUCCUCAAACUGGGUAGAGGUAUAUGAUCUCCAAACCGAUACUUGGGAGUUCUUGUCUGUCUUUACGCCUAAGAUGCCCCUCAAAAUCCGACAAAGUGUGGUGACGGACAACAACAAGCAUGUUCACGCGGUGGAUGAAGAUGGUCAAAUAUUUAACUUCUCAGCAACUGAAUGUGCGUUUGAGUCAGACGGGAGAAGAGAGUCUAACCCAGAAAAUAGAAGCAAUUGGCUUUUUGCUGUUGGUGACACGAUUUUCUGCCGUGGUACCGGCGGGAAAAUACUAUGGCGUUUUCCAUCUCAGUUGGAUUGGAAGGAAGUGCAUGGUUUGGAAGAGCUGCAGCAGCAACACUCUGGUUUUGAUAUCAUCAAAAUGUUGAUCCACUCUAAUGAGAGGAUGGCCAUCUUAUGGGAAGCCCGGCCUCAAGGUCCUCAACACAUUUUGGAGCUUUGGUAUGCCGAGAUUUCCAUGGUGAGAGGAUGCAUAGACGGUGUAUUGGAGGUUUUGGGGACGAUUGAGUGGUCCGGUCCUAUCUUCUCAGACUCAUCAGUUACUGGCCUGAACUUGUUAUUUGCUGAGACUUUCUAUCUCUGA